AUGUCCCCAGAAGAAUCAUGGGAGCACAAAGAAGACAUCAGUGAAGCAGAGCCAGUGGGUGGCUCCUUUGGAGGUGGAAGGCCCCCAGAGGAAAGUGCCCAGGAGAUGAUGGAGGAGGAAGAGGAGGUACCAGAACCCAAAUCUGUGGAUACACCGCCAGGUGCUCCUAAGAAGGAACAUCUCAGUCUUUGGCAGCACCACCUCAUCGCCCUUGACGUCCAGCGUGUGAGCAGGUCCCGCUGGCAGAGGGCACUUUCGGAUGAGCAUGGAUGCCCCCCACAGCAGCUCCACCACUGGGAUAUUUGGCUUUGGGUCAGGACGGAGUGGGAGAACUGGUCUCAAGAACCCUUUCUGGGGAGGGUUGAAUCCGAACUCCCUGGGUGCAGCUGGCCAGAGCACACCCUCUACCUUCCACAUGGCCAGCACACCUCAGGACACGUCUGGGAUUGCAGCCACCACCUCGGGCUUUGGAGCUACGACCCAGAUCACCCGCAGCAGGACCAGUUCCUUAGUGUAUGGCAGUACCACCCCAUCACCCUUCAUGUCCUGGGUGCCAGCAGGCCCCGCUGGCAGUGGGGGCUUUGGGAUGAGCGUGGCUGCCCCCAACAGCAGCUCCACCACAAGGACGUUCCACUUUGCGGCAAGGUGGAGUCGGAAAACUGGUGGUACAGCACCUUUCGAAGGAGGCUUGAUUUAGAAAUCCCAGGGUGCUGCUGGACAGAAUACAUCCUCUGUCUGCCACGUGGCCAGCACGCCUCAGAACACAUCUGUGUUUGCAGCUACCACCUCGGGCUUUGGAGCUACGACCCAGACCACCAGCAGUGGGACCAGUAGCUCAGUGUUUGACAGCGGCACCUCAUCACCCUUCAUGUCUGGGGUAUCAGCAGGCCCUGCUCACAGUUGGGGCUUUGGGGUGAGCGUGGCUGCCCCCCACAGCAGCUCCACCACUGGGGCAUUCAGCUUUGGGGAGGACAGAGUGGGAGCAGUGGUGGCACAGCCCCUUUCUGGGGUGGCUUGAGUAAGAACUCCCUGGGUGCAGCUGGCCAGAGCACACCCUUUGCCUUCCACGUGGCCAGCAAGCCUCAGAAAACGUCUGUGUUUGCACAUCAGAUUUGGAAUGGGCUCGGUGCCGGAGUCCAGCUCCAGCUGAGGUGUGGGUCACGAAGGAAAGGACAGCGUCAGCGAGUGAGAUGAAUGAGGAGACAAAACACACAAUUAAAGUUGUAACAUCUCCUGACAUCAAGCGGCAGGGUCUUCAUUUUUGUAUCUUUCUACGGUUUUCAUAAUGUUGAACAUUUUUUAAAAUUAUGAAUAAUACAUUACUUUUUCUGUCAGUUUACAUAAUUUCAGCUUAUUACCCUUAAGGAAAUAUCAUUAUUUCUUCUAAUAGUAGCCAUUUAAGAUUUAAUUUUUAACUUUCCCCUAGUCUAUUUUGAUUGGUAAAUCAUGUAAGCUACGUGUUAGGUGCUAAACAGAAAAUGGCGUAAGACAGCGUGUGGGUUAAGCGUGUGGGCUAUGAUUUUUACUUUAAGCGUGUAAGAUUAUAUAGACUUUUAGAUAUGUGUCUAAGGCUAUAUAAAGUUUAAGCAGGUUAUAUAAAAUGCAAUCUAUAUGUCUUUUGGUUAUUAAGUGUAACUAUAUUAUUAAUUAAAUCCUAUCCUACACAUGUG